AUGGAUAAGAAACGUGAACACUACAAGGAAAGUGUAUACGAAAACUCGGUGUUUGACUACCACCACUGUCUCCGAAGUAGUGUUUGGGACUGGAGGGAACAUCAGACUAGCAAUACGCCAGAUGGUUUUGGGAAAAGGCUCGGGCAACCUGGCAGCAUCCCAGAUCUCGUGCUUACUUCGAGUGGCAUGGCAGUUAGACACCAAGAGGGUGCCACAGUGUCUCUUGAUAUGCCGAAUUUAGCGGAAAAUCCCGCCAAAUACCAGUACAAACCCCAUACGACUGUAGAAAAAGAAGCUCGACAAAACUGGAACGAGCGAUUAAACAGAAAAUUAUCGACGUAUGUUGCCUACGAAACACGCAUACAGGACCCCAGUUCGGUCACACAUUUCAAGUCGCUCGAUACGAACCCAGGUUUCUCGCACUUCACUCUUCUGAUGCCUGGUUAUCAUGAUGCAAUAGCUCGUGCUACCACCUAUGGCGUGGAAGUUGUGCUUAGUUCCAGGAUUGAAUGA